CAUGCAUUACAUGCAGUGGUGGUACGGUUGGUGCGGCCCGUGCUACGUUCGCUCUCCGAGGUUUCUUCGUCAGCGCUGCAGCAGUGCGCUACGCGCUUGUGCAUGACCACGACGUCCGCCCGUCACCGCCGGUGUUGUUCUUGAGGAGCUCUCCCCGCGUGACGUGCUCGCUGGCGGUGGGUGCUCGACCGCGUGCCGCAUCAUGACCGCGCCGGGCAUGUUGGGCCAGGUGGCCGCCUACUUGGGAUCCUCGGAAGCAGCAUUCCGGCUUCUCCUCACCAUCCUAUCGGGCUACCCACUGGCGCUGAUCCACCGGAAUUUCCUGCUGGGCAAGAGUCCCAAGCACAGCACUUCUACUUUGCUGCCUGUGGCCUGGUGCUCUGCUGCUUCAACUAUGGUGUGGCAGUGUACCACUCGUUGCUCAACAUCCUGCUAGUCUAUGCUGUGCUCAAAUGGCCGGUGGCACACGCGCUUCGGUCGCCUUCAGCUUCAUCUUCUGCAUGGGCUACCUGGUUCUCGGCUACUACCACACAGCCACCAAGGACUACGACAUCACGUGGACCAUGCCCCACUGCAUCCUCUCCCUACGGCUCAUCGGCCUGGUGUUUGACGUCUACGACGGCACAAAGAACCCUACAUCAGACAGAAGGUUGAAUGGCUUUGCGAGAAGGAGGACACUUUGUGGAAGCUUUCCUGUCCACCUUGCCAUUACUGUGCCCCACAUUCUGCGACCCUCUGCUCUCCUUGUCACUCAUCGGUCACCCAUGCUUCUGUGAAAUGGCGACAAAAACAAAAUAGUGUUAGUGAUCACCACUGGACUUGUUGUACCCCCCCCUAAUUGAGGACCCUGUUUGCAGCUGCUGCACACACAUAUACAAAUAGAAGCAAGCGGCUCACAUUAUGUCAAAAUAAAAUUGUUGGUGCUCUUUAUCUAGUGCAAGUACUUUACGCAGACU